AUGGACUACAGUCACCAAGCUUCCCUUGUCCCAUGUGGGAAAGAUAAAUACAUUUCCAAGAAUGAGCUUCUCUUGCAUCUGAAGACCUACAACCUGUACUAUGAAGGCCAGAAUUUGCAGCUUCGACACCGUGAGGAAGAAGACGAGUUCAUCGUGGAGGGGCUGCUGAACAUCUCCUGGGGGCUGCGCCGGCCCAUCCGCCUGCAGAUGCAGGAUGACAACGAGCGCAUUCGCCCCCCUCCCUCCUCCUCCUCCUGGCACUCUGGCUGCAACUUGGGGGCUCAGGGCACCAUCCUGAAGCCCAUCACCAUGCCCGACAUUCAGAUCACAGAGGUGGAUGCUCCGGCUGAGAGUGACCAGAUGUCAAGCCCCACAGACUCCAGGGACCUGAAGCCCGUGCAGGAAGACACCCCGCAGCUGAUGCGCACACGCAGUGAUGUCGGGGUGCGUCGCCGCGGCAACGUGAGGACAACCAGCGACCAGCGGCGAAUUAGACGCCACCGCUUCUCCAUUAAUGGCCAUUUCUACAACCACAAGACGUCGGUGUUCACCCCGGCCUAUGGUUCUGUCACCAACGUCCGCAUCAACAGCACCAUGACCACCCCACAAGUCCUGAAGCUACUGCUCAACAAGUUUAAGAUUGAGAAUUCAGCGGAGGAGUUUGCCUUGUACGUGGUCCAUACCAGCGGUGAGAAACAGAAGCUGAAGAACACUGAUUACCCACUGAUUGCCCGGAUCCUCCAGGGCCCGUGUGAACAGGUCUCCAAGGUGUUCCUUAUGGAGAAGGACCAGGUGGAGGAAGUCACCUAUGAUGUGGCCCAGUACAUCAAGUUUGAGAUGCCUGUCCUUAAAAGCUUCAUCCAGAAGCUCCAAGAGGAGGAAGAUCGGGAAGUCAAGAAGCUGAUGCGAAAGUACACCGUGCUCCGGCUAAUGAUUCGGCAGAGGCUGGAGGAGAUAGCGGAGACCCCAGAAACCAUCUGA